GCAGCAGUCCCCUGUACUUCGCACCACGAACAUGAACGUCAUGGCCGCCCACGCCCACUUUGAGCUAAACCCGUGGAAUAAAAAGUCAUUGCUGGCGACAACGCAUGCAGAUGGCACUGAUGCGUUCAGGUUUGGAAAGGUGACCAACUGCUGGACGACAAAGAGAUCUCUAGCAUCCUCGAAUCGAGCCAUUGGAAUCGAGCUUAUUGGAAUUGUUGAAAACUCUGUGCAGGCGGGCACACUCACCAAAAACAGUUUUGUUCUCAAGCACUUCGAUUUGACAAAUUUGAAUGUGUAUGUUAAUGGCUCACAGCACGCCUUGGGCCCGUUUGACUUUACAAAGAAGAAUUGCGCCCUCGGAUACCAUUCUCUGCUCAAGGCCUCGGGCCUUCUGUCUCACGGCGAGUCCCCGAUGAUCACCCAGGAGCGAUACCAAAAUGGUUACGCCUUGUGGGGCUUCGACCUUUCGCCCGAGGGGAGCGCUGCGAGCCAUGGCACACACUCUUCCGUCCAGCGCGUCGGCAGCAUCCGUCUAGAGGCUUUGUUUUCCACCGCACCCACCGUCACAACCACCUUUCUGACUUACAGCAUUCGUGAGGGGUCGUCCAUUGAAAUUGAUAAAAUGAGAAAUGUUUAUUUGUCCCUCUAACAGAUGGACCAGUUGGUCGGAUGACUCCGCUCCCUUCAUCUCCUCGACUCAAUCCCGCAAUGUGCAGCCGUGAUGUUUGAGUUCAACGGCGAUGUGGAUGCCUAUAUUUCUGCCGCUACAUUUGAUUGCACGAGUUGAGAGCUAUCCGAUGUAAUGGUUUUUGGCGUUACGCACAAAAGUGGUGGGCAUUGGGUCGUAGAGAGUGGAGAAAGAUGGUCGGUGGUGCGAAAUCGAAUUGCUGAUUUGGUGAGGAUUUCGGGGGCCCGCCUCGUGUUUGUGUGGAGAAGCGAGCAGGCCGCCGUCCUUGCAAGCAUCCCAGGAUUCACUUGCACCGUUGUUGACUUGCAAGUCACAGCCUGCUCAUCAAAAGCCUGUGUACUGCCCUUAGAAGUGGUUGCUCGCACAACAAGGGGCAUGUUAAAUUGGUUUAUGAGGCGGCCAACCGAAUAAAAAAAAACCAAUAUUUGGUUUUAACAGACGGACCCUGCUCAUUUGGCGACUGUGCAAAUGGCCGGUCAUUUCGCACGUUGCAAUAGUUGCAACAAAGUGCACUAAUUGUGACCCCUUGUCAGCUCAUUGAGCUAGUUAACGAACAAUUUGCCUGCCUGCCGUUUGAGUGUCCAGUGCAAGUACCGAGUAUGACUUUAGAUAACCUUGACACGUGGAGGAUUCCAGAUAAGGGGUGGUCGCAAAAACACUUUUUUCGAAAUCGCAAAAGUUAGACGACGCAUUUUGUAGCAUUGUUUCUGCUGAUUCCGAAUAUGUACUUGGUUUUGAGAAAGGAGUAAAACUAAGGGCGCUACUAGCCUUAUAAGUUUUGAAAAAUUGCGAAAAAUUCGAAUAUUCAAGGCUUCACUUUUUCUCCGUUUGAAAAUCACAAUACAUUUUUGGAAUCGGCAGAGAGAAUGCAACAAAAUGCGCCACCUUACCUUUGCAUAACUUUUGCAGAAUGCAUAUUUUGGAAAAAGUACGCUCUUAAGGGGUAGUCAAAAACACUGAUAAGAACAGCGUUCCAGCAGUC